AUGCCCCGUUGCCGUCUGAAUCAUCACGAAAUUGGCCGCCUCCGUCAUCGCGACAUCUCCUUGUUCGAAACCACUGUUCAGCGGUGGUCUCUUUGUCGUGUUCUGGGAGCUCCACGGUCGCAGGGGCGGGUCGAGGACGCUGUGGACGAUUAUUAUGCGGAGACGAUGAGCAGUCUUCAAACGGCGACGAGAUCUACAAUUGUAGUCGGAGAUGGUGUCGCCGUGUCGGAAUCGGGGUCGGACAUGGUGAACUGGAGCAUCUACACAGUGAUUCUCUGUCUCUGCAAAUCGGAAGAGGUUCGGGAUGUGGUUUUAAUCAUUUUGUUAGAGGAAGAUGCAUCAUUUGACUUAUGUCUUUUGGCAUGA